AUGGUGACUCGAAUAGUUCGAGGGUUCAGUAGCUGGAGCAGACCACGGUAUGCGCCGAUAAACUGGCGUUUAACAACCACGCUUCCUGCCCCCACCUUCGACACUGGCUGCACAUUCUGCGAGCCGACAUUUCCACCAGACAAGCAGAUCAACUUUGACCAGCCGUUGGACCGCAGCGGCGCCAUCCCCACCAAGCAUGUGAUGCUGUUGACUACGCACGAUAACAAGAUGGACGAGUUUCCCUCGAGGAUCGAAGACUGGCAAGGCACGCUAGCUCACGAGGUCAAGCAACUCAAAGCACAAAUACCGUUAGCGGAGGGCGUGUCAGUGUCCAGCAUUGUAUUGGACCACCACCAAAGUGUUUUACUCCGUUAUGGCGUCACCAAACUGCUGGAUCAAUUGGUGUUUCUCUACCCUGAGAUGAAGGCGAUUAAAUUCGACAUCAGGCACACGGACCAGUUUAUGCAGAAAUACUUGUCUUCGCCCACUCCGCAUAAAGUAUACAACCCAUUUGUCAAGUCUACCGGCACCACUGAAGGGCGUGCCAAAAUUGCAGUAGACGAUGCCAAUUUCACUGAAAUGGAGUUGGAUAAAGAUUUGAUUGUCACGUGCGGCCAGACCGAGCGAGAUAUACGAUGUGGCAUAUUAGGACCACUCAUAACGGAAGAGUUCGACAAGGUGUUGACCCAGGAGGGGUUGAGGCACGAGUGCUAUGUGGGGCAAAUCACCCACAUUGGAGGCCACGCGUUCGCGGGCAAUGUGCUUUACUACCCUCGCCAUUGCGAAAGUAGCCGGGACUUUAUCUGGUACGGACGCGUGUUUCCCAAGGAUGUGCAGGGUUUAGUUGAGGAAACGGUGAAGGAGAAGAAGAUUGUUGCUGGUUUGUUCCGGGGUGAUUUGAGCCGGUAUGAAAAGUGA